AUGAAGUUCGAAACACCAGUCGGUCGCCUAUUGCGGGUUUCUGCUGUGCUCGCUGCCGCUUCAGCAAGCGUUGUCAUUCCUCGAGAUGCAUCCUUAGAACGGGACCUUGCCCUCAACCUCGCCGUACCGUUAGACAUAGUGAAAAGAGCGGCGCCCCAGGCCCCCAGUGGCUACACCCCCGGACGAGUCGAUUGUCCCUCGGAGCGCCCUAUCCUAAGAGAUGCCUCGGCCCUGUCGCAGCAGGAGACAACAUGGCUCGAGUCGCGUCGAAGCAACACCGUUGGCCCGAUGCGCGAUCUGCUGAGCAGAUUGAAUAUUACCGGCCUCGACACGAACGCCUACAUCGACAACAAUGCCAACAACGCGACAGCGUUACCGAACAUCGGCGUAGCUUGUUCUGGUGGUGGAUAUCGAGCGCUGAUGAAUGGGGCCGGUGCACUUGCAGCGUUCGACAGCCGAACUCCUAAUUCCACAUCAGUCGGCCAUCUCGGUGGUCUACUCCAGUCCGCGACAUACCUCAGCGGGCUCUCUGGCGGCGGCUGGCUUGUUGGCAGCUUGUACACCAACAACUUCACCUCCGUACAGUCUGUCAUCGACACGAACCCCGACAUCUCCGGCUCCCUCUGGCAGUUUGAAAAUUCAAUCUUCGUGGGCCCGGACACUGGCCGGAUCCAGUUGCUCUCAUCCGCCCAGUACUACGACGACCUUUACGAUACUGUAAACGCAAAAGCUGAUGCUGGCUUCAACACCUCGAUUACCGAUUACUGGGGCCGUGGUCUGUCCUACCAGCUGGUCAACGCCUCAGAAGGCGGCCCAGGGCACACCUUUUCAUCUAUCGUCGACGAUGAGCAAUUCUCUAGUGCUAAUGCGCCAAUGCCGAUUCUUAUUGCCGAUGGCCGUGCUCCGGGAGAGACUCUCAUCUCCGGCAACACGACUGUGUACGAGUUCAACCCUUGGGAGUUGGGUUCCUUCGAUCCCACUGUCUUUGGGUUUGCGCCGCUGCGCUACGUCGGCUCCAAUUUUUCCCAAGGCCUUCUUCCGGACAAUGAGACGUGCAUCCGAGGUUUCGACAACGUCGGAUACGUCAUGGGAACUUCUUCUACCCUCUUCAACCAAUUCAUACUCCAAAUCAAUAACACCGAGGCGCCGGAUGUCCUGAAAAAUGUGCUUGAGGAUGUACUCGUAGGCAUUGGACAAGACAACAACGACAUUGCGGAUUGGUCCCCCAACCCCUUCUUCCUGUACCACCCCGAAACGAAUCUCAACGCCCAAAGCAAGCGCCUGACGCUCGUCGACGGCGGCGAGGACCUCCAGAACAUCCCGCUUCAUCCCCUUAUCCAGCCCCUCCGUGCGGUCGAUGUCAUCUUCGCCGUCGACUCCUCUGCCGACACCUUGGAGCCCGGUGCAGGCUGGCCUAACGGCACGGCGCUCGUCGCCACUUACCAGCGCUCCCUAAACGCCGCGCAACAGAACGGCACUGCUUUCCCCGCUAUCCCAGACCAAAACACGUUCGUCAACCUAGGGCUGAACAACCGUCCGACCUUCUUCGGCUGCGAUACCGCCAACCUAACCGGCCCGGCCCCAAUCGUCGUCUACCUCCCCAACGCGCCUUACAUCUACAACUCGAACGUCAGCACCUUUACCCCCUCGCACAACCUCAGCGAGCGCAACGCGAUUAUCAGCAACGGAUAUCACGUCGCGACGAUGGGUAAUGCGAGCCGGGACGCCAUGUGGCCAACGUGCGUGGGCUGCGCGAUUUUGUCGCGGAGUUUGGAUCGCACGGGCACGCCGGUGCCGGAGGUGUGCAGGCAGUGCUUCCAGACGUACUGCUGGGACGGGACGAUGAACUCGACGCAGCCGGUGCCGUAUCAGCCGGAGCCGAUCAUGGCGGCGCUGGCGUUGAGUGGUGCUGUCGGGCAGAUGGUGCCGCGUGUGCUGGCUUUGGCUGUCUCGGUGCUUGUGGGGAUGAUGCUGGUUUCUUAG